GUGCACCACCACCAUCGCCACCAAAAAACUUAACAAUUUGAAGGAUGGAGCCCACCAGGCGCAGGGAGUCUGUUUGCAGGAGCUUGUUUGGCCCGGUGGACCACAGCCAGCUGCGCCGGGACUUGAAGCUGAAGCUUAAGGCGAUCAUUGAGGAGGACAGCCGGCGCUGGAAUUUUAACUUCGAGUGUGAAACCCCGCUGCCCGGCCGGUUUCAGUGGGAGGAAAUACCUGGAGUCUGCACUGCGGCUUUCCAUCAGGAUCCCGCACGGCCGAAGGACGCUGCCCACGGUUCAGGUGGGGACAGGCCGAGCGACGGCGAAGAAGGCGCAGGGACCGACCAGGAGAACUGCUCCAUCAUCACCAACAAGCGCAAGAGUCCCACUGAAGAGACGCUCCACAGGAGGAAGAGGGCGCUCUCCAAACCGGCAGCCAGUCUCAAAGACAAUGCACGGAUCACAGAUUAUUUCGCAAAGAGAAGGAGGACAACAACAACCAAGAGCAUCCCGAAACAUUUUCACGUCGGUUCUAAUGAAGCAGCUCUGCGCAAGACUUUAAGAUGAACAUGCAGCUGAAAAUGAC